AAUGACUCUCUCAGAAGAUUCGGAGAGUUUAGACGGUGAUACAGGUUCUGAUGGUGGAGCUGGAGAGAGUGACGAGCAAAUGCGUUUAAGAUUGAAAAGGAAACUUCAAAGGAAUAGAACGUCGUUCACUCAAGAGCAAAUCGACUCGCUAGAGAAAGAAUUCGAACGAACUCAUUACCCGGACGUGUUCGCGCGCGAAAAGCUAGCGGAAAAGAUUCAAUUGCCGGAAGCCCGUAUUCAAGUUUGGUUCUCAAAUAGGCGUGCCAAGUGGAGGAGGGAGGAAAAGCUAAGGAAUCAACGACGAGAAAAUCCUAGUAUACCGAUAAAUAGUAGCUUCACAAAUAGCGUCUAUUCGCCCAUACAUCAACCGGUUUCAAUGACCGACGCGUACAGUAUGCCCCCCGGUGCGGUCAACUAUUCCCUUGCCAGCAAUAUGACGCCUCAUAACCCGGCAUGUUUGCAAAGUUCUACAUCAUCAUCAUCUUACUCCUGCAUGCUGCCUGAUUGCACCAGUGCGGCAAGGAGCUAUGACCCUUUAGCGGGAUUUGGAGGCUACAGUAGAGCUACCAGUUGCGCUAGUAUGACUCAGCCAAUGGGCCAUCAAAACGGGUCAGCAUCAACAGGAUUAAUCAGCCCUGGAGUUUCCGUACCUGUACAAGUACCCGGCGGCUUACAAACGGCUCACGAUCCCAACGCAGCUCACAUGGCCUCGAUGAGUUCGAUGACUUCUCAAUACUGGCCGAGGCUCAAUUGA